GAUGGGAUCGGCAUGCACGACCCUGUGAAGCACGUGAACCCCUCCGCCUUAUUACGACCGACGAAAGCGCACGCGCCUACGGUCGAGAGAGGCUCUGCAUCACCUUCUUCGCGCGUGGUCUCGAUGAGACAGUCGUAAGAAGAAGAAGCAAGAAGAAGAAGAAGCAAGAAGGAGAAUGGUACCCAUCACCACCUUCUUCAUCUUCCUCCUGUCCUUCGUCUCCCUCCUCUCCACGCCCAGCUUGUUGCCGAAUCCGUCCCGCAGCUACGAGGAUCAGAUCCGCGACAUUUCCUCCGUGUUCUCGCCGGUGGGCUUCGGUUUCAUCCACCCCAACGCCCACUCUUUCCUGUGAAAGCGGCCCGACUCCGAUCGGCGGCGACCGGCCGCUGCUGGCGGCGGCUUCUCCCGCCGGCGGUCGGUGACGUAAGCAUCGCCGAGGAGGGUCCGGCCUGACCCGGUUUCGCCGGGCCCCCCUACCCGACCCGCUUGCUCUCCCUCGCGCGGGCGUCGGGUCGGUGACCCGAUAAGCUCGUCUUCGCCCAAUCGGAUUCGAAGCAGGAUUUCAAUUAAUUUUUUUUUGUGGGAAUCGAAGUUGGAUACGCCGCGUGUAGCGUGACGUCUCUUGGUUUGCCCCGCUCGAUAAAAACAACUGGUGCGAUCGUAGUUUUCGUUUGCUCGUGAAGUUCGAAGGAGGAGAGAGCGGCGAUUGAUUGCCCCGGGGAAUCCUCCCGCCUUCGAGGGUUGGCGAGCGCUUUUUCGGAGAUCGAAGAUGCACCUAUGGCCGUCGGUGAAGAUCAGGGACUCGUUCAAGUUCGGUAACCUGCAGAACUACGAGCGGAACCUCCGGCGGAUGAACAGCGAGAAGCGGGCGGCGGCGAACAAGCAGAAACUGCUGCAGGGGGAAGGCGGCGACGCCGAUCGGGAGGCGGCCGAAGGAGGGGCGCCGGGUUUCGGGCCUACGUCGGCGAUCGCUUUGUGGGGCAGGGAUUUGCUGGCGGUUCUCUCUUGCUUCUACUGUUGCUACGCUUUUGAAGUCAUUGUUUUGAACCCUGACUACUUAACUGGAGGACCGGGAUGAUGAAUUAUUGUAAACCGCUGGGCGCUAGGAUGUUCAUUUUCUACUGAAGUACUGGAAUUGAAAGUAUGGUUGGACAAUACUAUUGGAUGAAGACGGAUACGUAUGUAGGAAGGAUUUCUUUAUGCAGUUGAAAGUUGUGAUAUAUCGCGGUUUGGACUUCUUAACGUCGCUCAAACAACAAGUUUAGUAGACAACACACGUCGCAAAAGUUGAGUGUAAUAGGAGACUUUUACAUUCAAUCAGUUAGGUAAAUGGAGGUUCCAACUUAGAAGUGUGGACAUGGGCUAGAGCAAAUUACACAGGCUAGGUUUGCUUGUUCAUUUAACUAUAUGUAUUAGCUGAAAGUAAUCUAAUCAACUGCUAACUAGUGGCUUCCUGUUGAAGAGCUUCCUAGGCAUUUGACUAUCAGGAGGAAACAUGGCCUUUCUUGUCUCUCACAACCCUAUAACUUCCACUGAUAUUAUUUGUUCUUGUAGACAAAACGGCAAUGUUACUUGAAGAAGGCGUAUGGAAUAUGUUUAUAUGUUUAGGUGCAGGGACUGAUAUAGUGCUCCGCUGUUACAGCUUUUGAUUUUUAGUCGACCAUGAUGGCUUGGCUUACUAUGGUGUGAGUCUUAGUUAAGCAGUAAGGUUACUUAAUUGCAUCCGUUUGGCGGUAUCUUGUAUGCUAACUAAUAGGGGUUUAGGACACUCAAGUCUCUCAUAGAAUAGGAAACAUGUGCAUGAGAUCAUGGUUUGAUUAGUGAGUUGAUGAAAAGUGGGGUUUGAAAGCUGGAUGGAGUGUGGUUGCUCGACAGGAACAGAGAUCUGACAUAGGAUUCUGCUCACCUUCUGUCAAAAGAGAACUUAAUAAUGUGUUUGCUGAAGAUAUAUUUGAAACACAAAUUUGCAUUUUAAUGACUGAGAGUUGUAU